GCAAUUCAGAAAACUGGUAAGUUGAAGGCAGAAGCAAGACUCUCCGAUCAAGCGGUCAAAGCAUAACAAACAUCAUGGUGCUUUCGACAGACAUAGACCUGCUGCACCCACCAGCAGAGCUCGAGAAGCAAAAGCACAAGACGAAGCGGCUUGUGCAGUCACCAAACUCCUUCUUCAUGGAUGUCAAGUGCCAAGGCUGCUUCCAAAUCACGACGGUCUUCAGCCACUCGCAGACAGUGGUGGUGUGCAGCAGCUGCUCGACUGUGCUGUGCACUCCAACCGGUGGUAAAGCUCGCCUGACAGAGGGCUGCUCCUUCAGGAGGAAGGGCGAUUGAUUGUUGCUGCUAUGAAGAUGGAGCUGUUGGCUUGCAUAUCCAUGUGGGCUCAGCGUAUUGCUGCGGAAGCAAGAUGGUGCCUAGCGGCACUGUACUCUAGCUAGGAUGUUGCUGCCUGUGCUACCCCAUUUCAUGUAAAAUAGUGUACACCUAGGGAACAAUCAGUGUGCACGGUCUUGCGAAUUAUUAGGUACAGAAGCAAACUUGUAGCCUGAAUGGCUUGAAGUCUCCAGUGUGGGAUAAUAGGUUGUAUAGAUCUAGAACUGUGUGGAUUGUCAUGUGUCACUCAGUCUUUAGGAUCUGCGAUGUGGAAUUCAUGGGUGCACCUUGUCUUGACAGGAAUCUUGUCAGCACCAUGAUAUCCACUGUGGUAUGUUGUCGCAGACUGUACUCAACCCUGAACAAUUC